AUGUAUACCGAGUAUAACAACGCGCCGUCCACGAGCUUGGACAGGCUAUACAGAGCGACCAGUGACUCGCUCGACCUGCUCGCCACGCUCGCAAGGCUUCGCUGGCCUGGCCUGCAGGCGUACAUUCUGGCAGGGACCCUACGGUGCGCCAUCCUGCAGGAGCGCUUGGCGGUAUUUAAUGAGCCUGGCGAGUUGCUGAGUCUGCACGCACACAUACAGCAGUGCUUCAAAGACUAUACCCUAGCGUGGUACGACCUGCAAGACAGGUACAAUGCGCUUUCGGGCCCGAUAUUUGGCAUGGCCUUACCCUCGACAGCACCUCACGGUGGGAUCGGGCCCAUUGUGUAUUAUUUUGUUUUCAAUCAUCGAAGAAUUGGCCCUUUCAAGACCGUGGAAAAGGCAUCCGCCGCGCUUUCUAGUUCCCAGCAGUACUUUUAUGACAAGGAGAUACGUCCGCUGUGGGAGGAGUCCAAGAAUACUACCUCAGCCUGGCAAGCUCUGAGAACGGAAGUUCGAAUUCGGAUUCAAGCCGCUGGACUACCAAUGCCAGAAGUCAAUGUUGACGUAUGA